GAUAGGGUAGUCGGGAAACAGCUAGAUAUUUGAAAAAUAGAAAGUAGCGUUUUUGUGGCUUCAUUGAUAUAACUUCUGUAGUUUUCCUAUUAAAAUAGAUAUUAAAGAAGCGUCGACAUAAAUAUGGCAACAUUAGAAGAUAAAUCAAUUUGGGAAGAUGGAGAGGAAACGCUUCGUGAAGAAGUUCUUCGAAUGUCAACCGAUGAAAUAGUUUCAAGAACUCGCUUAUUAGACAAUGAAAUUAAAAUAAUGAAAAGUGACCUAAUGAGAAUCAAACAUGAACUCCAAGAUAAAAAUGAUAAAAUAAAAGAAAACACAGAAAAGAUCAAAGUUAACAAGACUCUGCCCUAUUUAGUAUCUAACGUUAUUGAAUUGCUUGACGUUGACCCUCAAGACAUGGGAGAAGAAGAUGGAGCAGUUGUUGACCUGGAUGCUCAACGUAAAGGCAAAUGUGCUGUGAUAAAGACCUCUACUAGGCAAACUUACUUUUUACCUGUAAUAGGCCUUGUUGAUGCUGAAACUUUGAAACCAGGUGAUCUUGUAGGUGUCAACAAGGACAGUUAUUUAGUUCUAGAAACUCUUCCUGCAGAAUAUGACGCCAGAGUCAAAGCUAUGGAAGUUGAUGAACGUCCAACUGAGCAAUACUCUGACAUUGGAGGUCUAGAUAAACAAAUUCAAGAAUUAAUUGAAGCUGUUGUUCUUCCAAUGACACAUAAGGAAAAGUUUGAAAAUCUUGGUAUUCAACCACCUAAAGGUGUUUUGUUGUAUGGACCACCAGGAACAGGAAAAACAUUGCUGGCCAGAGCAUGUGCUGCUCAGACAAAAUCUACAUUCUUAAAAUUGGCUGGACCACAAUUGGUACAGAUGUUCAUUGGUGAUGGUGCCAAACUUGUCAGAGAUGCUUUCAGCCUUGCUAAAGAAAAAGCUCCUGCAAUCAUUUUUAUAGAUGAACUGGAUGCUAUUGGUACUAAACGAUUUGACUCUGAAAAAGCUGGUGAUCGUGAAGUACAGAGAACUAUGUUGGAACUCUUAAAUCAAUUGGAUGGUUUUAGUUCUACAGCUGAAAUUAAAGUCAUUGCAGCAACGAACAGAGUUGACAUUUUAGAUCCUGCUUUGCUUAGAUCUGGAAGAUUAGAUAGAAAAAUUGAGUUCCCACAUCCCAAUGAAGAGGCAAGAGCUAGAAUCAUGCAAAUUCAUUCUCGAAAGAUGAACAUGUCUCCUGAUGUUAACUUUGAAGAAUUGUCCAGAAGUACAGAUGAUUUUAAUGGAGCUCAGUGCAAAGCUGUUUGUGUAGAAGCGGGUAUGAUUGCUCUUAGACGUAAUGCUACAGCAGUCACUCAUGAAGAUUUAAUGGAAGCAAUUAAUGAAGUGCAAGCCAAGAAGAAAGCAAAUCUCAAUUACUAUGCUUAAUUUGUUGAUAUCUAUAUUUAUUAAAAGAAGACUUUUUUUAACAUGGUAUUAUGUAAGAAAGAGUAAAAUAAAAUUAUUUGUGACAAAAUUCUGUUAAGAACAAAUUAAUUUA